AUGUUACAGAGUUUAUGGGAUUAGUUGUGCUCCGGAAGAGGACUGCGCCUCCGAAAGUCCAUCAUCGCUUUCUCUCUCUUCCACAAAAACACACAGAGAACGCAAGAGUGAGUGUGAGAGAGAGAACAUUGGUGUGAGUGAGUGGAAUAGAAUCAAGAAUCGAAUCGAGGGAGUAGGAGAAAAAGGAGGAGGGGCAGAAAAGAGACCGGACUGUUUUUAAGUUUGUGUCGUGGAGUUAGUUAUAUGGGGGGAGGGACAUUCGUGGAUGGUGUUCGUCGCUGGUUUCAACGUCGCUCCUCUUUUGUUUCUUCCAAUAUUAGUAAUAGCAAUGAGCAAAACCCGGAUGCAGUUUUGAGGGAAAUACAAGAACAAGAAGAGGAAGACGGGCUUAAGAUUGUUGAAGACUUUGAUAUCUCCGGACUCAAGUUAAUCAAAGUCCCUAAGCGGGUUUAUUUCCCUGUUUCAACUUCCACCAUGGAUCCCCACAAAAAGAGUAAUUUGGAAACUGAAUUCUUCACAGAGUACGGUGAAGGGAGUCGAUAUCAGGUUCAAGAAGUUGUAGGCAAAGGUAGUUAUGGUGUUGUGGGUUCUGCAAUUGACACCCAUACUGGAGAGAGAGUUGCAAUAAAAAAGAUAAAUGACGUAUUCGAGCAUGUUUCUGAUGCCACACGUAUUCUCAGAGAAAUCAAACUCCUUCGGCUGCUUCGCCAUCCUGAUAUUGUUGAAAUAAAGCAUAUAAUGCUUCCUCCUUCUCGGAGAGAAUUUCGAGAUAUUUAUGUUGUUUUUGAAUUGAUGGAAUCUGACCUUCACCAAGUAAUUAAGGCAAAUGAGGACCUCUCGCCUGAGCAUUAUCAGUUUUUCCUAUAUCAGCUUCUGCGUGGCUUGAAGUAUAUUCACACAGCAAAUGUGUUUCACCGAGAUUUAAAGCCAAAGAAUAUACUUGCUAAUGCUGACUGUAAGUUGAAGAUCUGUGAUUUUGGCCUGGCACGUGUGUCAUUUAAUGAUGCCCCAUCUGCAAUAUUUUGGACUGAUUAUGUUGCAACUCGGUGGUAUCGGGCUCCUGAGUUAUGCGGUUCCUUCUUCUCUAAAUAUACUCCUGCUAUUGAUAUUUGGAGCAUUGGUUGUAUAUUUGCUGAGAUGCUUACUGGGAAACCAUUGUUUCCUGGCAAAAAUGUUGUCCACCAGUUAGAUUUGAUGACAGAUUUGUUGGGCACUCCUCCUCCGGAAUCUAUUGCAAGGAUCAGAAAUGAAAAGGCGAGGAGAUAUCUUAGCAGUAUGCGGAAGAAACAACCUGUUCCAUUUGCACAGAAAUUUCCCAAUGUUGACCCUUUGGCACUCCGCUUACUGGAACGGCUGCUUGCAUUUGAUCCUAAAGAUAGACCAACUGCUGAAGAAGCAUUGGGUGAUCCCUACUUUCGUGGGCUGGCAAAUAUUGGCCGUGAACCAUCGACUCAACCGAUAUCGAAGCUUGAGUUUGAAUUUGAGCGGAGAAAACUAACUAAAGAUGAUGUUAGAGAGCUGAUUUAUAGAGAGAUCCUAGAGUAUCACCCUCAGAUGCUUCAGGAAUACCUCCGUGGUGGAGAGCAGACUAGUGGCUUUAUGUACCCAAGUGGCGUUGAUCGGUUCAAGCGACAGUUUGCCCAUCUUGAAGAGCACUAUGGUAAAGGUGAAAAAAGCAGUCCUCUACAACGGCAGCAUGCUUCAUUACCCAGAGAACGGGUCCCUGUGCCCAAAGAUGAAGCUCCUAAUGAUAACGAUUUUGAGAAGCGAACUUCAGCUUCUGUUGCUACGACUCUUGAGAGUCCCCCAGGAGAAGGAUCACAAAAUGCUAAUGGAAAUGCACAGAAUAAGGGGAGUACUCGUAGUUUGUUAAAGAGUGCAAGUAUCAGUGCUUCUAAGUGUGUGGGUGUUAAAGCAAAAAAAGAUACAGAGGAAGAACCCAUAGACGAAGAGGCAGAUGAGUUGUCUGAGAAAGUUGCCGCUCUCUAUGCUUGAUCUUUAAGCUCCAGUUUGACUUCACGCGGAUGGUACUACAUCAUUUCUGCCCUUUUACGGCCCAUUAUAUGUAGGAUCUGCUGGCUUCUUACUUCGUCGGCAGACCAUUGCAGCCCUAUAUAUAUAUAUGUAGAAUUGGGAUUAAUUUACAGAUUAGGAAGGAGAAUUGUUUUCCUUGAGUUGAUGGGAGUAGCAGAUGUUGUACCGUAACUCGUGUCUUUGUAGCUUUUUUAAGUAAAAGCAUAUGUUGAUUAAUAGGGGGUUGUACAGAAGUGAUCACUACUAUCCUUGUGCAUUUCAAUACCAUCUCUAUGUACUGUGAAAUCCCCUUUUCUAUGACAUUUUUUUGGUUGCUCUCCACUUCGUU